UUCGUUUUUUUCAUCUUUAUACGCAUUUAGUGUUUCAUUCUUUGUCAUAGUCACUUGCGUCUGGCCUGUUUAAGUAAGUUAAUCAAAUAAAACUAUUGGUGUUAAAGAACUUGCAGAGACUAAAAACAUACUGAAGGAUAAGAAACUUUCGGGUCGACAGAUCAACAAUAUGAAGAGUUGGUGGCUGGUGGCGCUGUGCGUCACUGUUCUAUCACUCCAUGCACUGGAAGCGUCCGCUGGGUUACCCGAGUUCCCCAACUUCCCAACAGUAGAUGACCAAAGAGUAGUAGUCGGAAAGGAUGUUACUUCAGUGGAGGAUGACGACACAGACGACGAUGCCUCAGCUACAAUCAAGAUGACGCACAUGCGCGUGCGCUCCGAGAUCGCUCUGCGCUACGCUCGCACGGCCGUCAUAUGCAAAGUAUACAAUCCCGGCAAGCGGCCGAAGGAAGCCAGCUUUAAUAUAUUGCUACCCGAAACUGCCUUCAUCAGCGGAUUUACUAUGACCAUCGCUAACGAAAACUAUGAAGCUUAUGUAAAGGAAAAGGAAGACGCUAACAAAAUUUACAAUGACGCGGUUGCACAGGGAAACUCCGCGGCUCACGUUGCUGCCAAAGCUCGAGACUCGAAUCACAUGACGAUAAAAUUCAACGUAGAGGGCAGGUGUAAUGCAACUUAUCGCUUGACAUAUGAAGAGUUUUUAAUUCGUCGAAAUGGCGUAUACAACCAUGUUAUAAACCUACUCCCUGGCAUGUAUGUACCUAAAAUGGACGUCGGUAUACACAUAAAGGAAUCGCAAAAAAUCUCUGUUCUGAGAGUACCAGAGUUGAGGACUGGGAACGAAGUUGAUCCUACGGAGAAAGAUCCACAAUAUGCAAAAGCCAUUAUCAAAAGAGGCACCAAUGAGCGAGAAGCUACUAUUACUUUCCGCCCUGAUCUGGUAGAACAGAAGAGACUGGCUGAAAUAUAUGCGGAAAAAAGUAAGCUACCAGCUGAUGCCGAUUCCGCAGAUAUUGGUUACAAUAGUGAAGAAGAAGUAAAUAAAGACGAGGGCUUACUGGGACAGUUCAUAGUUCAAUAUGAUGUAGAUCAGCCUAAGAAUGGAGAAGUUCUGGUUAAUGACGGCUACUUUGUCCACUUCUUCGCCCCGAAAUCCUUACCGCCUCUUAGAAAGCACGUCGUGUUUGUUCUUGACACAUCAGCUUCCAUGGGGGGAAUCAAAAUCAAGCAACUGAAGAAAGCUAUGAACGCUAUUCUCUCCGAACUAAAUCCAAAAGAUUACAUCAGCAUCAUUAAUUUCAAUUCAUAUGUUACAGUUCACAAUUUGCAAAAAGUUGAUAUGAAUACACAAGUAAAUAAUAAAACUCUGGUACCACCUGCAAAUGCUUCGCCAGAAAAUAUUGCUGCAGCAAAGGCUAUUAUUUCAAAAUUGAUUACUGGUGGAGGUACUGAUAUCUAUAACGCUCUUGAUAGCGCAAUGACCCUUGUCCAAGUUUUUGAUCAUCAUCAGUCAAAUCAAACGGAAUCAAAAAAUAAUACAAAUUUUGAACCAAAAACCAAUGAGGUGGAGCCCAUGAUUAUCUUUUUAACGGAUGGAGUUCCUGUCGCGGAAGAAAGAAAUACAGACCGUAUCGUGGCUUACAUCUCCGAGAAAAAUUCUGGCUUGAAACCAGCGAUGUUAUUUACAAUUGCUUUUGGCGACGAUGCGGAUCGCGUAUUCCUGCGCCAACUAGCCCUCCGCAAUCACGGCUUCAUGCGGUACAUCUAUGAAUCAGCGGAUGCAGCAAUCCAAUUGCACGACUUCUACCGACAAGUGUCUACACCGCUUCUCUCUGAUGUGAAGUUCGUCUAUCCUCGCCGACAGAUAAAGGAAGGGUCGGUCAGUCGUAGCCAAUUUCGUACAAUCAAUCACGGCUCGGAAGUGGCAGUAGUUGGAAGAAUCGCAGAGGACGUCAGAGAAAUCACACCCCAAGUGCGUGGCUUAAGAGGUGAAGAAGAUGGUAGCACGAGACUUUACGAAAUCAACAACAAAGUGCCAGUGACGCGUUCAAAGGACCAAUUCCUGCCUUUAGAACGUCUCUGGGCGUACCUGACUAUUAAGCAGCUGCUGGACAAACGCGACGCGGACAUUAACGUUGCCGAUAAAGAUGCCACAGAUGACAAUCCCGAGAAGAAAGCUCUUGCUAUAGCGUUAAAGUACUCGUUCGUGACGUCGUUGACGUCGCUGGUGGUCGUCCGUCUGAACAAAACUGAUGCUGUGGACGAUUUGGACGUCGAUAAAGUUGAUGAACCAAGUUUUUUGCCAUAUAAGCAAUCAUCUUCGAUACCGUUUUAUACAGUCUUCGCAUCUGGAGGAGGUCUAAGCGUGGAUUCAAGCGAAGGACCAGUACUAUUUGUUCAAUCGACUAAACGUUUUACCGCUACCGGUUAUGACGUUAGUUCUGGCGGUCACGGCGGAGGCAGCGGCGGAGGCUAUAACGGAGGCGAUGGCGCAUAUAUUUAUGGUUUUGGCGGAGGUUUUGCAAACCCAAAUUGGAGUGUGGGAAAAGAAUACCAUCUAAAAGGAUAUGAGUGGACGUCGUUUAUCUACAGAAAUGGUUCUCUUGUGUUACAAGUAAACGGGACUGAAGUCGUCCUUAAGCUCUCAAAAGAUGUAAAUCCACCAAAAGCGGCCGGAGGAGACGCCGAGUGUUACAACACCACAUUGACGUAUGCCGAUGACAAGCGUGGCGUUUGCGUGUACAUCACGCGAUGCUACGCCGCUCAAAACUUCAAUAAGGAUUUCUAUCUUAACAGCUACUGCUUUGUUGACGGGUAUGCUGGUGUUUGCUGCCCCAAAACCGGACUAACUAAACCUAACGAAUUUUUUCUAAUAGGGUAGUAAAAAAUGUCAUUGGGAAUAACAUUGGCAACAGUCGGCACAGUGUGACAACUCACCAUGUUAUGAGUAUAUAAAUAUUGUAAUUAAAAUCAAUACGUACAGUACGUAUUAUUAAUA